AUGGUAUAUCGCAGCCUAGAAGGGAGUCUUGGCUCUCUGGAUGCCGGGUACGAGAAUGUGAAUCAAAUCCUAAAAGGUGUUGAUCGUGAAUAUACAACAAGUUGGCAAAUAAUGUUCAACAUGGAUCUUUCAGGCAAUACACUUGUCGGUGGUAUACCUGUUGAGCUAACUGCUCUUUCUAUGUUGAUGGGUCUCAAUUUGUCUAAUAAUCAUCUAAGUGGGCGUAUUCCGUACAACAUUGGAAACAUGAUGAAAUUAGAAUCUCUGGACUUCUCAAAAAAUGAGUUGACUGGGGUAAUCCCUCUAUGCAUGGUAGCUUUAAACUUUUUGAGCCGCUUGAAUUUAUCACACAACAACUUGUUCGGACAAAUUCCAAUAGGAAAUCAAUUGCAGACCCUUGAUGAUCCAUCAAUAUAUGUUGGGAACAAAGAUCUAUGUGGAGCUCCGUUGCCGAAGAAUUGCUCUGGUCAUGAAGAUCCAACAAUGGACAAGAUGAAAAAUGAAGCAGCUGAUGGACCUAUGAAGGUAUGGUUUUACAUGGUCAUAAUGUGUGGUUUUGCAACAGGGUUUUGGGGUGUUAUUGGAGUUUUGUUGUUCAAGAAGCAGUGGAGACAGAAGCUUUUCAUGAUUGCAGAGGAAACCAUUGACAAGAUGUAUGUUGCAGUUGUUGUAAGAGUUGCCAAGAUGAAGAGAGGAAGAGAAGCCUUAUAG